AUGGGUGACAGUGGGGUUUUCACCUCAAAUAAUCAGAUUCCUCGGGAUGACGAAGCCUUUCAAACUGCCCAAACGGAAAUCGACUACGACAGCAAUAAUCUACGGCAAACGAAUGCUACCGAUUUUUACCCAAGAAAUCUUCCUGUCACUCAAGCGCCAAGGCCAAGAAUGCAGACGGUGCAAAAUCUUACGCAACAAACGAAUAAGAUGUCCCUGAAAAAUAACUGCCAAGGGUGUUCUGAAAAAGAUAUGACAAUUUCAAAGCUUCAAAAUCACAUUCAACAGCUGGAGGCGACUUUGAAAAUGACUCAAAUGAGCUUGGAGAAAAGCAAGCAAGUAGAUUUUUCUAUGGCAAAACGCAUGGAGACAGAAGCAGGUUUAGAGAAAGAAGAAAACGUUAAAGACUCAAAAAUCAAAAGUCAUCCUCCUGAAAAGAUGAAAAGAAAUGUCGAAAUCGAAAAGUUCAUGCCAGUUGAGACCGUAGAUAAUUGUAUAAAGGAAACUCAGAUUGGUCUUGAUGCUGUUUCAAUAAGCAAGAAAGAAACCGAAGAAAUCCCUACUGAAACUGCCCGAAAUACUUGGAACACGUCUUUUAUGAAUCGUAGAAACAGAACAAUACAUGGUUUACUGAAGCCUUCUGAUUUUGAAACGAAGCCCUUGCCAGCAAAAGACAGCACUACAAAUGUCCACAGGAAUAUCGCAAAUAUUACUCCGAUAAAAACGAGACCGCAGCCCGAAGAGCUUUCAUGUCGACAAUGUCAAGAGAAAGAUCUUGUUAUCGACCACUUGAAGAGAGAGAAUGAAGCAAAAGACCACAAAAUAGCAGCAUUGACAUCGGAAACUGCUCGACUUACUCGAAUGAGUCAAUAUCAGUCUCAACGCCAAGAAUCGAAUCCAGCAUCUCGAAUUCUCAUAUUCAAAAUAUCCAUACAGGAUCUCCACCAAAACAAGAACCUUCCCAAUUUCCACCAUUUUCUUAUCAGUUUGGUCGAGGUCUAA